GAGUGGUCUUGUUUUUCACAGGAGGAAAAGAGAAAGGCUAAAAAAGAAGAAAUGUAUGAAGCCCUGGCGAAGAACAAAAAACGAGUGUUGGGAAAUAUUAGAUUCAUUGGAGAAUUAUUUAAACUGAAGGUGUGUUGAUUUGUUUGUCCACCAUUUGUCAUCUUGGUUUUACCUCUGUGACUGCAUUAAUGGUAUGUGAGAAGAAUGCUUCCUGUUUGACUCGUAUUGUAUACCUCUUGGGGAAAAAGUGCAGAACUGAUAGUGCUAUGCAGUUAUAGUUUACUCCUUAAAGGUACAGUUCAGCCUUUUGGAUGAUGUUUUUAAGCCGCAUUUUAAAACAAACGCGGAAUGUUGUGUUAAAGAUAUUCCUAUAACAACCCAGUGUGGAUUGUUGCCUGCACAUAUUUAAUAUAACUUACCGGCAGCUACAUGUAUUAUGCAUGUAAUAACAUAUCAACCGAUUAAAUUUGUACAAGGUACAGUAAGUCUGUAAGACGGUCUGUAAAAAUAUAUCUCCGCUGAGAUAUCAGAUAUGUCCAUUGUUAGCAUUUAUAUGAAAUAAACCUACCGGCCAACAUUUAGCAAUUAUUCGCCGAAGGCGAGGUGAUUAUCGGGGAAUAUUCACCGAGACAAAAUCAAGGUCAGUAGCCUCGUGGGGAUUCUUUCAUUCAAGUAUUAUCGUAUAUAUAUACAUGAUAUACAUGCAUUGUAGCACUGAAUAUUCAGCGGCAAGCUAGCCAUGGCCAGGGACGCAGGAGCGAGGGGGGGGGCACAGGGGGGGGGGCAAUGUUGACAUAAGGGCAAUCACUAAUUAAUAUUUCGUUUCCGAAAAAUUUUUCCGGAACCUUAAUUCACCAAAACAAGGGCACACAAUUUUGAAACUUAACAUAAUUUUUGACACAAUAUUCCAGAAAAUUUCACGUAUAUUUCAAUAUUACGUCCAUUUCACCCGUAAUUCAUACUUUUUAAUUGUUGUACCUCAUAUUUUUUGGGCUAAAAUUUUUAUUUAAGGGCACUUUCGCCCGCCCCCUACCCCCUUUUACCCCCUUUACUAAAGGGCAAGGGGGCAAUCCCGCCUGCGCCACCCUUUCCGGCGUCCCUGGCCAUGGAACUGAUCAUGCUAUGCUAAUAUUAAUGCAAAAACUUGCAUAGCAUGACCUGAUGUUGCUAUGCGCUUUCUGCCUUGUUGUUUUGCAUGCAAUUUGUUUAGGCAAGCUUUCCGAGGCUAACACAUGUACGCUCCAGCCUCGUACACAGGCGCAAUUAACUAAAAAUAGGCACACUACAGUACUUUUAUAUAGAUCAGUGGCUAAGAUGAGCGAGCGCGCGGGGGUGCUUGGGGAGGACGCAACCCAAGCACCCCCGCGCGCUCGAGCCACUGAUCUAUAUAAAAACACUGUAGUGUGCCCAUUUUUAGCGCCUGGGUACGAGGCUGUGUACGCUCUGCGUACCUAUUUUUUUCAAUUGUAAGGGCUGAAAUGCACCUUACAAACCAUCAUUCAAAAGGCUGUGGCAUGCUUUUAAGAAAUAGCAAUGAAAAUUAAGUUUCUCCCACGUGAAGGAAAGAUUCAAUAUAUUUCAACACCUUAUAUAUUUCCUUUAUCUUUCUUGGUAUAAAAGAUGUUACGCCCUUCAUUUCCCCAUGCAUUUCCCCAUCUUAGAUGUAAGCAUAUUCAUAGUCAGAUAUCAGAUAUGCGUGACGUCACAACCGAGGUAAAAGUACUUUGUAUCUUAUAAAGUAUUUUUCGGUUCUUUUUAAUGCUAAAUCAUAUUUUUCUACUCCUUUGUACUGCACUGAAUAAAAGCACAGCUAUGUUUAUCUUUCCACUGAUAUUGUUUCUUUAGUUUUAAUUAUACAACAAGAUGGCGAAUAGCUUGUUGUUUUAGUUUGGGAAAAAAUUUCGUAAAAUAGGAUUUGUAAAUAAUGCAAACAUUCUCUCAAAUUAGGCCAACAUAACUUUUAUUGCCAUAUCCAAUUUAAUCUCUUUAUUUCAGUUGUUAACAGAGAACAUUAUGCAUGACUGUAUAUUUAAACUGCUGCGUGCUGGCGACGAAGAAAGUUUGGAAUGCAUAUGCACGUUACUGUUCACCAUUGGCAAAGAUCUUGAUUCCCACAGAGGGGAGGUAAUUCACUUUAUGUAUGGUUGGAAUUGAUUGUUGGAAACGAAUGUGUGACUAUCAGAGCCCUCCUGCCCCUUCAUUACAUUUACUACAAAGUUACAUUAAAAUGGUACUUAAAACAAAGAUGAAUGGCUAUCACUGUUUCAAUUUUACCUUGAAAAACCUUCUUACAAAGUGUAGACCCUAGACCAUAAAAAUUUGUAAUUCAAAAACUUUCAAUCCAAAAAUAAAAAAAUAUUUAUGAAAAUAUUAAAAAUUUAAUAAUAUAUAAUUGAUAAUUAAUUAAUUAAUUAAUUAAUUAAUUAUAAUUAAUUAAUUAAUUAAUUAAUUAUAAUUAAUUUAAUUUAUUAUACAUUUAAAAUAUUUCUGAAAAGUCCUUACUGAAAAUCCCAAAUCCAAAAACUUCCCAAUCACUAAAAAUCCCACAAACUAGAUAGACAGAUAGUUUAAUUAAUUAAAAACAUUACAACCCACGGGUUGAAUUACGCUUCUAACUUUACAAUAAAUAUUUACUUUAUCUAAAAUACAUUGUAGAAUUAUGCUGUAUAAAACUAUUUUUAAACCUAUUCGUCCUACUAAUAGAAACGUUAAAAAUGUUCUCUUUCCUUAUAUUAUAAUUUGAAAAGUUCUUACUUAUAUCUGGGAAUUCGCAAAAUCCCUUUCAAAAUCCAAACUCGCCUCAAAAUCACUUAAAUUAUAUCAUUAGAAGUUGGCUGAAAAAAAUUGCAGGAUAUUUUCGCAAUUAAGGAUUCUGAAAACCUUUUUCAGAGUAAUACAAUUAACCCUUCACUUGAAUGGACUUGAACCAGGGUAGCGAGCGAAAACAUGCGAGAAAGUUAGUUUAGUUUCCUUCUGUUGUAGUCGUGCAUGGUAGUAAGGGAUCUAGCUAAUGCUGUUGGAGCUAUAUCAGUUAUAUCUAGUAUGUCAUGCAAUAUAUAAGGAUGACUUUCAUUAUUCUUCCAAGAAGAACAAUUUAGAUGUUUUGCAAUCAUUUUAAUCAUAUAAACAACUUCAUUUUAGUCUCGAAUUGAGCAAUACUUCGAUCAGAUCAACAGGAUUAUCAUUGCUAAGAAAAUCUCAUUAAGAGUGAUAUUCAAGCUUCGUGAUGUCGUCGAACUUCGUCAAAACAAGUGGGUUCCUCGCCGGGAAGAAGAUUGUACUCCAAAAACUAUUCAUCAAAUUCACAAGGAAGCACAAAUGGCGAAUGUGCAGAAGCAAAGAUCGGCAGCCCAUCGGCCUCCUAACGAUAAUAAAAAGAAGGAAGGCAGACCAGGUAUAGGCCCUUCAAUUGCACCUUACGUCACGGCGGCCAUGGUUCAAGCUUAGUAGUUGAAUAUUGCCAGCCUCGUCCCUGGCGCUUUGAUGUGCUAACUGGUUGCGUGACGCACGCGCGGGAAUCGAGGUGGAAUAUUGCAGCUAAUUGUGAAUGAAUUAUUCUCAUAAGGAGAUAUUUACCAUGUCUCUAAGGAAUGGACCCUAUACAUGAUUUCUAAACUGUUUAAAUUAUGCUCUUCCCAUAAUACUUUGCACGCUUAGAGUUUAAGGUUUAAAUUUAGAGUUUGAGGUUUGCAAAGUAAAUUUAGAGUUUGAGGUUUGAAAAAGCUGUUUUUAUAUAUAUAAACUGUAAUAGUUUUGUUUGUGGGAACACCACGUAAAUUUACGUGGUGUUUCCACAAACAAAACUAUUAUAUGUUUUAUCGCCAUGCAAACUUACAAAGAACUUAUAUACAAACUAGUUUCAUAUUAUUCUGACACUACUGAGUUCAAUACAGCGGAAAAUGUUUGUCUCGAGGAGGAUUCGAACUCACAUCUUCAGGCUCCUCAACCGAGUCAACGGGGAUUGGUAAAGAAUCUUAACUCUUAAGCCAGUUUUCCACUUCAAUCGUAGUGUAUUUCUUUGUUUCCUGAGCGGUAGUGUGGAACUAAUGACUUGUUCCGAUACGCAGUGUGGACUAUAACGGUCGGCUAUUUGCCGAACAAAACACCGAAUGGCCGAUCAAUUUCAUUCUGCACGGACAUUUUGUCCGAUCAAAUAAAAUACACACUGUUCAUUUAAAUUGAAGGUGGUUUAUGUGAAAAGUUCUGUUUGAAAAGCAUCUAGCUAUACCUACUAUACCAUAGCGUUUACAAUACUUACUACUUACAAAAAGAUGUUUCAUUUCUAUAAGCCGUAGGCGUAGCUAUAUUAGUAAAUACCUUUAUUUCCCGAAGAAACACAAACAAAGUAAAGGCGCGGAGGACGUUGCUAGAUGGCGUACGCCAAGCUUUUUCCUGCCUUAACACGUGCAAUGGUACGUCGAUCUGUAGCCCUGUCACGCAAAAAUUCUUAAAUAGUUGGCUGACUAUUCUUUGCCAAUGUCCGAGCAACAGUCUCGUUGAUCGGACAUUUGUCAGACGUAAGCAAAAACGUUAUAAUCCACACUGCCGAUACGGUUGAAGUGGAAAACAGGCUUUAUCCUAUUUAAGUGCACGAAGUAUUUUCGAGACGACUUGACGCUUGGAGGACGCGCAGUUUUUCAGUUCUAUAUUCCAGAACCAUCCUCAGAAAAUAAUAUAAAACUAGUUUCAUAUUAUUCUAGAAGCCCGAAGAUAUCGGUCUAGACACCCGAAGAUGAAAAUUCGAAUCCCGCUCGAGCAAAUGAAUUUUUCGUUGUACAGUGCAGUGUCAGAAUAAUACAAAAAUUUUAGAUUCGUUUAGGUAAUUAUAAUUAAAAUAUUUUUCCUCAGGAUGGCGAUCCCAUUCCAAGCCAACAUCAAGUGAUAGAUGGAUUACCACUGGCGAGAGUGGAAAGGUAAUUUCACAUCAUCUAAGAAAGGCCAUGUUAUGCACGAGUCAAAAUUUGUCGCAACUUGAAACGCAAUUUCGGGUGCAGAUCAAGUGAUGUUAUGUUAAAAAAGUAUUAACAUAAAGUCAUUUAGCAUCAUGCUUUUCACAUUCCUGUUCAGAUAUUUCUUUAUUCUCAUAAGUUCAUUUUUAGUGCUGGGAUUUAGGCCGGAGUUCUGCGGGAGAUUCGGUGUUUUUUGGUCAGCCGGAGUCAGUUGCGUUGCUUUUUACCCAGCUCCUGCUGAAAGUCAGAAUGACAAUAAGUGUGACAAUUUCGAAUGUGACAAUUUCGAAUGGACAAUUUGUUGAAAGUACAUAUAAUCUGAAAUCAUAUCUGUUGUGUCAAACCAUCACGCUAUUUUUGGCUACUACAAACAGCCAAAUUGCAACGAGUCGUCAUGUCUGCAUAUGAUCUAUCUUAUCGCAGACUAAAAGUUGUAAUAAAAUCGGAAGCGUCAUGCUUUGAUACGCUGCGUCAUAUCAUCUUACUUUGGGACAGAAUUUAGCCGGAUCUGUCCUCAGAUGAAGUGAGAAUUUGCAGAUGAGUUAGACUCAUUCUGUUAGCUUGUUAAAAUAGUUAGCGUAAAACCUGUUUCUGGGAGUCCUCGUCAUCAUUAUUUCUGCUUCUUUCUUUAGAAUUUAAAUUUUUUGCCCGAUGAAAAUAAUGAUAAACUAUUACAACUACUUUGUGCGGAUCCAUUUAAAAAUGAUUCUGUAUUUGCUUAUAUUGAGGUGAGAGGAAUGAUAUUAACUAUUAAACUAAAGUAAGCUUCAUUUUAUUUAUACUGGAUAGCUCAUUAGGUCUGAACUGUUUUCCCUGAAGUAGAUGCACAUUUGAGCAGUGUACCACCGGAGUACCAGAAGACAUUAUGUACUGUUUGGUUGAGUCAAAGACAGAAUGGAAGCUGUCUUCUAAAGAUUCGACAGAUAGCAGGCGAAAUUAUAAUCACUGCAUAUUGUAGGAACCAAACCCAGUUCACCUAUAUAGGUGAAAGAUAGGGAAGUACCCAAAUAGAUCCGAUGUUAACUAACUGUUUGCUUGUUGUGCUUUAGAGACAUUUUAAAGAAGAAGAAAGGAAAGAAGCAGAAUUUAUAAGUCAGUUAGUCACAGCCGUAGCUGAAAGCUGCGUGAUAAAUAAAGGUAACAGGGUACAAUUUAAGUGGAUUUUGGGUGCUACUAUAGGCGUACAAAGUACAUGAAUGAAUUUACAUCAAUUUACAAAACCAUAUAUAUUACUCUGUUAACUAUGGUAAAUGCUAGCCUGUGGGCAGCCCCAUAUGUAUGGGCAUUGGGGCUGCCCGCAUGCUAGGUCAAUGCUGAAUAUUUGCAUGUUUUAUUUGUAGACCGAGAAGUUGGUCCAGAUUUUUGUCAGGAUAAGCUAAAAGCCAGGAAAGAUAUAUUGCGGAAAUAUCUGGACAAUGAUAAUAGUUUGGAACUUCAAGCAUUGUUUGCUCUCCAGGAAAUAUAUGUGAAAUAUAAUAAACCCGCAGGUAGGGAUUGAUAGUAUGAAACCUUAAUAUAACUUUACUUACACUGGUAGCUCUAUACCAUUUCUUAACUGUUGUCCAACUUUUCCCUGGACAUCUAGUAAGAACUUUAUCUUUUAUUGUUCAAGUGUUUACUACAACAGAAAACCUAUAAGCUAAACUGAAAUAUGGUUAUUUAUGGUAAUGCUGGAUAUAUCCUUCCAAGAUCUCCAGAAUCGGUCACUCUACUCAUAGUACUGUAUAAGAAACUUCAAAUACACUGUUCAGGUUUCGUUUUAUUCUAUCAUAUAUUAUCGCAAUUUUAAGUGUUAAGACAUGGGACAAGCAAAUCCGGUAUCGUGUAACUGGAGCCUAACUUUAUUUAUUGUUGCCGAGAGCAGCGAAGCAGCACGCUUCAUGUAAUCGAUGGCGAGUGAGUGGAAUAAUCACAAUCCUAUAAACAGAGAAGAAAAAUACUCAACAGCCAACACUGUCAGGAAAUGCUGCUUCUUUUAUUGCUAAAACCAGUUCAUUAAAGAGUUUUAUUCAUGUCCCCUCGGGGAAUAGUUUGUUUUGUCAAACCUCAACAUAGGGAAAACUAACUAUUUCUUUCGGGAGUAGACAUGAAGUGUAUAUUAUAGAGGAAUUCAGAUUUGACUUCCACUACCGCUACCAUUAAAGGACCAUUAACCAAUCAAAUGCGUUUGAUAUGUUCGAUUAACCAAUCAGAUGAGAGCAUGAAGUCAAAACUGAACCUCAAAAAUGUAGGAAUAGGACCUGGGUCACCGAGUGGCCUUCAAAUAGUAUUAUCUCCUCUUUCAGAUAUGCUGUCACGAUUUUUUAACACACUCUACGAUGAAGAAGUUAUAACUGAAGAGGCAUUUAUGACUUGGAAACAAGACGAAAAUCCUUUGAGGCAAGAAGGGAAAGCGUCGGCUCUCCAAGCAACAGCUUCGUUAUUUGAAUGGCUUCAGUCGGCCGCUGUUGAAAGCAGUGAAAACUAAACAACUCCGAACUUCGAAAAAUAUAUUUAAAUAAUUUUAUUUAAAUAACUUUAUUUAAUUAAAGAAAAUUAUUCUAUCUUCUUUCCUUUUGGGGGGAAUUGGAUAUAAAGUAUACAUGUGAAUGAUGUGAUACGAGAAUUGAUAGUAAUUGAUAUUCGAGAGUAUUCGAAGUGAGUAGUAGGCAUUUUUUGUGGGUCUAGAUGGCAGACAUGGAAAAUAGUGGGAUCCUGGGUU